AUGGGUUAUUCAUCAAGAAACUCACUGACACAAACAUGUGUAACAAAUCAUCUAUUCUUGAAUUUUAUCAUAGUGUUUUCAUCGGUUUCAUGGAUUAAUGCUUCAUCAUUAAUCAAUGCUGCUGCUGCUCAAAACAAUACUUUUCUUCAAUGCAUGUCUCCACAAACAUCUUCACCUCCAUCUCCAUUAAACUUUCCUACACCUUCCAUUCAAAACCUUAGAUUGGUUGCCACUUCUCAAAAACCAACUAUCAUACUUACACCAAAGAAUGAUUUAGAAAUAAGAAAAGCCCUACUUUGUAGUAAACAAAAUGGUUUACAAAUCAGAGUAAGAAGUGGAGGUCAUGACUAUGAAGCUUUAUCUUCUACGUCAAAUUUCCCAUUCAUCAUCAUCGAUCUCGUAAAUUAUCGAUCCAUUUCUAUCGACCUUGAAACUGAAACUGCAUGGGUACAGGCUGGUGCAACAAUUGGUGAACUUUCUUAUAGACUUAGUGAAAAAAGUAAAACCCUGGCAUUCCCUUCCGGGACUUGUACUACUCUUGGUGUUGGUGGACACUUCAGCGGAGGUGGUAUUGGAACUCUGGUGAGAAAAUAUGGUAUUUCUGCAGAUAAUAUUGUUGAUGCCACCAUACUUGAUGUUAACGGCAACAUCUUCAAUCGGACUUCGAUGGGGGAGAAUUUGUUUUGGGCAAUCAGAGGUGGAAGUGGUGCAAGUUUCGGAAUCAUUCUUUCAUGGAAAAUAAAAUUAGUUUCGGUGCCACACAUAGUCACUGUUUUUUCACCUAGUAGAGUACUAGAACAAGAUGCAACAAAACUGCUUAUGAAAUGGCAACAAAUUGCACAUAAACUUCCUGAAGAUUUAUUCGUUAGAAUCAUCAUACAGCUCGGCACUUGGAAAGGAAUAAAAACAGUUAACGUUGUCUUUAACUCAUUGUAUCUUGGCCGUGCUCAAGAUCUACUCAAAAUAAUGCAACGAAGCUUCCCCGAGCUUGGGUUAACCGCGGACGACUGUAAGGAAAUGGGUUGGAUUGAAUCAGUGGUAAACUUCGGUUUCUAUCAACAAAUUCCAACUGAGACACUACUAAACAGAACUCACCCUGAUACCUUGCCUUUCAAAGCCAAAUCCGAUUACGUGCAAAAACCGAUUCCGCAGACUGGGUUCGAAGGGCUUUGGAAAAGAGUUCUCGAAGAAGAAAUGAAUAUGGUAUUCAUAAUUCUAGAGCCGUUUGGAGGAUAUAUGAAUAAGAUUCCAGAGUCGGCACUACCGUUCCCGCAUAGAAAAGGUAACUUGUAUGAGAUUCAGUACAUUGUGAAAUGGAAUGAAGGACAACCAUCUCAAAACCAUAUAGAUUGGAUGAGGGAUCUUUACAGUUACAUGACUUCAUAUGUUUCAUGUUCACCGAGAGCUGCUUAUGUCAAUUAUAGAGAUCUUGAUCUGGGUAAGAAUGAUGAUCUUCCUAAUGUGAAUUAUUUGAAAGCUACUCAGUGGGGAACCAAAUAUUUCAAAGGGAAUUUCAAAAGAUUGGCGAUGGUUAAGAAAGAAGUUGAUCCACAAAAUUACUUCAACGAUGAACAGAGUAUUCCAGCAUUUUCAUGCUAGUAACCUAGUCAAUUUUU